AUGACUUUUUCACCAAUUACAAUCAGGACGAAACCAUAUUCAGAACUAAUAACCGGAAAAAGUUCUUUAACCUCAUCAGAUGAUAACGGCAAUGUAAGCGCUGUCAGGGGAAUAAGUUUGCUACAGUUGGUGCCCAAAACGCGCACUUGUGAAUCGGCUUUUAUACCUGCUCAUUACUGUCCGUGCAACUGGAUAAAACCAUAUCCUCCAAAAUUAUUAAAGAAAACUUCCUUGGAUAACCAUAGUUCACUUGCCUCAGAUCUAUCUAAGCUGAUUAAACAUGGUGUCAAUUUAACAAUUAAAAAAAUCAAGAAUAUCUUAUCUAGCUAUCGCCAUGUUUGCCUAGUCAAUGAAUUGAAAUUGCAUACUAUAAUGAACGCUAUUCCGGUAACACGUGAUUAUUCGACUCCCCGAGAUUUCGAAAUGUUAUCUAACCUAAAUAUAAACAAGGGUAUAGCUAGAAAGGGUGACAUGAAUGGAAUUGAACUGUCAAAAUUCGAAGUAUCAAAGCUGUUAAAAGGAUUUGUACUGGUAUUCAAAAUUUCCCCAAAUGAUGCGGUAUUUGAAGCCACAUUAAACUUUGCCAGACUAAAUGUCUCCAAAAUUUUCGAUGAUAUAACAGAUAUAUCUCGAUUGGAUUGGUAUGGAUCGAAUUCCUAUUGCGUUGAUGAUCCUUUAAUUCAAACAUUUUGUCAUUGUAUUUGA